AUGAAUAAAGCAUUUCGCAUAAAAGAUUUAGGACAACUGAAAUUUUUUCUCGCCCUUGAAGUAGCCAGAUCCUCCUCUGGGAUUACCCUUUGUCAACGAAAGUAUUGUUUAGAUCUUUUAAAAGAUGCUGGUCUCAUUGGUUGCAAGCCUGUCUCAACACCUUUAGACACUGCCACACGUUUGUCACAUGACAAUGGAUCAGUUUUUGCUGAUGUGACUGCAUAUCGUAGACUUGUUGGUAGAUUAAUCUACCUAACAACAACACGACCUGACAUUGCGUUUGCCACACAACAACUCAGUCAAUACAUGAGUGCUCCCACUGACACACAUUACAAAGCAGCUUUACAUGUGCUUCGAUAUCUCAAGAGAUCUCUAGCUCGUGGCAUAUUUUUAUCUCACUCCUCUGACCUUCAAAUCCUUGGAUUUAGUGAUGCAGAUUGGGGAGGAUGUAUUGAUACGCGCCGUUCUAUUUCUGGCUAUUGUUUUUUCAUAGGUAAAUCAUUAGUUUCCUGGAAAUCAAAGAAGCAAGUAACUGUAAGCUGUUCAUCCGCUGAGGCUGAAUAUCGGGCUUUAGCAUCCGCCACCCGUGAACUUCAAUGGAUGUGUUUUCUUCUUCAGGAUCUUAAACAACAACCAUCAUGCCUACCUGUGCUCUAUUGUGAUAAUCAAAGUGCUCUGCAUAUUUCAGCUAAUCCGGUGUUUCAUGAGCGUAUUAACAUCUGGACAUUGAUUGUCAUCUUGUCCGUGAGAAGCUCCAGGCUGGCCUCAUGCGUCUCUUGCCCGUUCCUUCUCAUGCACAAGCUGCAGACGUAUUUACUAAAGCUCUUGGACCAAAAUCUUUCUUCAACUGCUUGUCCAAGCUUGCCUUGGUAG